GCGCUCUAGAACAAAUCAGCUGGCGUACUAAAAAUAAUCUUUAUUUUUGUUUACAACUCUCGUUUCGUUAUCAUAUCAAGGGACGUUCUUCCUUCUUUUUUUUUUGGCGAGUGCAAACGAGCUUUUCACUGCUUUUCAUUGCGCGAUAAGAAGUCAACAAUCUCCAAAAGACAAUGUCCUCCGGAAAGAUCCUGCCACGUCGCCAGGCGGUCCCAGUCCUCUACACCCGUGGCACCCACUAUGAGGUCGGGUUCGAUAUGGGCCGCACAUUUGGCUCGAUGAUCAAGAACUUUCUGAUCUUAUCGAAGCCCCUCAACGAGACCUACUUGCCGCUCUACCAGUCCCCAAAAGGCAGGCAAAUCUAUAAUGAAACGCUGGAAUCGGUGAAGGACAGCUUCCCGCAGUAUAUCCGCGAAUUGGAGGGCGUGGCCGAUGGUGCGGAGGUGGAGUUCCAUAAGCUAUUUUUACUGCACUUGGACGAGAUUCUUCCUCAGGCGUUGAAGCAUCAGCCACGUAGCAAAAAUCAACCCACUGGUUGCUCCACAAUCAUAGUUAAUCAGAAGAAUUGCCGACUGUUGGGACACACGGAGGAUGCCCUGACGGAGACCCUUAAUCACUACUACUUUGUGGUGGCUCACAUCAUCAGUGACAAGCCUCAGGGCAAAUACAACGUGAAGGAGGAGCACUUCAUGUCCUUGUGCUACGCAGGACACCUGCCAGGAUACACCAUGAACCAGAACCACCACGGACUGGUCUUCAGCAUCAACACCAUCAGUGCUGAAUUGUUGCGCAGUGGAAAGACACCUCGUCACUUCAUCACCAGAGCUCUUUUGGCCACCAGCAAUGUGGACGAUGCAUUGAGGGUUCUAAAGGAUGCGGGAGUGGGAGCAGCGGAUGCCUGCUCCAUCAACUUUACCUUCCUGGCUGAUCCGCGGCAAAUGUGCUACAACGUGGAAAUGGCUCCUUCGCCGGAACGCAAGAACGAAUCCCAGUUGAACAUCAAGGAGAUUCCUUUGGGCGAACACAACUACCAUGUGAAUCAAUUCGAUCGCAUUCGGCAGGACCAGGCGAACGAUCUGAUGAUCGACUCGAGUAUCUCGCGGAUGCAAACUUUCGGGAGCUACAAGCCACCGAUGAGCGAACAGGAUGUGCGCCACAUGUUGGGCGAUGUUUCCGGCGGAGAAUUCUGUGUGUGGCGGGAGAACCACAGGUGCGACGAGGUGGUCAAGACCAUUGCCGUGGGCAUCUUCGAUCUCAGUGCCAGGACGGUGUCCUUGUACUCCGACAAUCCCAGCGAGACGGAGCCCCACUGCCGACUUCCCCUCCUCUUCAAGUAGAUCUUGAGUAUCUAGAUACUUUGCGGCCCAACUUAAGCAUUCUCAUCUGACUUUUAUAUAUAAAAAUAAUUUAUAUCAUUCAAUUCUUUCUGAAGAACCAAAUAAUAAGAUUAUUUAAUUUUGAAAUUUUUCUAUAAACGUUUCCCUGAUUUUAAAAUCUCACAGACAUGUUUACCAUUUUUAUAACCACCAUAUUUCUGCAUCACUUUAUUUUCGAUUAUACUCCAUUCAAUUUCUAUAAACCUAUUAAAAUACACAUGUUUCACAUCACAUAUAUAAAACAAAUUUUUUUUUGUACCAAAAAUAGUUUAAAUAUCUUUUUUUGUCCUAAAAUUAACUUAAAAAUGAGUACAAUUAUGUUUAAAAUUGAUCUUUCUUAUCUCAUUCUAAAGAAAAACACCAAACUAAAUGUAUUUACAUGUUGACAUUCCUUAUAAAACGAAAAAUUGAUGCCCUUUUUUGUAAUAAUCUAUAGCAUAUUUAUGUAAAUGGAAUCUGAUAUAAAUAUACCUGUAAAAUCUUUUAAUAAUAAAUUGUUAAAAAAAAUUUAAUGUUU